AUGAAACUGUUCCUCGUAGUCUCGUCCCUGCUGGCCGUCGCCACGGCAGCCCCCUCGACGCUGCUGUACGCGGCCGGCGGCCACCCUGCGUUCUACGCGGCUGCCCCGACCACGUACUUGGCCUCGCUACCGGCGGCCGAGGUGUCCAGCCAGUACCACGCCCAGGACGAACUCGGCCAGUACUCGUAUGGAUACAACGGCGGACUGUCGGCCAAGGCGGAGUCCAAGUCGCUAGAUGGCAUCACCCGCGGCUCCUACAGCUACGUGGACGCCGAGAACAAGCUGCAGACGGUGGCGUACACCGCGGACGCGCUCAACGGAUUCCGGGUGGCCGCAUCGAACCUGCCGGUCGCUCCGAUCGAGACGCGCAUCGCCCCCGAACCGGUGAAGGACACGCCCGAGGUAGCGGCAGCCAAGGCCGACCACAUGGCCGCGAUCGCCAGUGCCAAGCUGCGCAACGCUGCCGCCGAGAAGGACGACUCGGAAGUGAUCGCUGCCGUAGCCCCUGCCCCGAUCGCUGCCAUCGCUGCUCCAGCCUCCUUCGCCUACGCAACGCAACCCCUCGCCUACACCACGUACGCUGCCGCUCCGGCCGCCGCCAUCGAGCUGAAGACUCCCUCCUCCUUCUCGUACUCGACCUACACCCACAGUGCUCCACUUGCCUACACCCAGUACGCUGCCGCUGCUCCGCUGCCCUACGCGGCACCGUCGUACGCCCUGCCCGCGGCCCCGAUCGCCCAUUACGGGUACGCGGCCGCUCCGGCUCUGGCCAUCGCCCGCUCGCAGCCAGCAGAGAUCGCUGCCCUGCCCGAGCCGGUGCAGGACACGCCCGAGGUCGCCAAGGCCAAGGAGGAGCACCUGAAGGCCGUCGCCGAAGCUAAGGCACGCAGCCUACAGUAAGCUCACCGACCCCCAAAUGCACCGAUCCACACCACUGCCAAUAGCCCACACUGACCUGCCCCACGACCCGAUACCCCUGUGAUCCGAUAUUUGUACAGCAAAGCAUAGUCAGGGCGAAGGCCAGCACAACGAAAACCGAUCAUACCGAA